UAGACUUGCGCGACUCGACGGGGCAAUCCUUACCAGGGGACUGGGUGGAAGACUAACUGCCCUCGUAUUUUAUCUGGGCUGGGGACUGGGAGAAUCAUCAUUUUACAGACGUUGAAUCACAUAAUCACUGAAAAAUUGGUGGAGCUGAAAACAGCGAAGAAAUAGCGCAACUGUAAUAGUCGACAUGGUUUGCCUCCCAACGGACGAAUAUAUAAUCUAACCAUUCAGUGGCGGCGAAAGAUCUCCAUAUGUGCGAGCGACGAGAGCAGUGAUAAGGAUUAACAACGUAUCCUCGAAGCCAUGUGGGAGGGAACUGACCCCAAUCGUGUAACGGCGGCUACACCAUGGGAACGCCUGCACAAGAACUACACGCUGUCUUCGCACCGCCAUUCCGUGUAUCACUCCGACCCAAGCGCGCCCAGAGAUGCGCUGGACUUUGAAAUAGAAGCUAUAUACGACCAUGCACUGAAUACGUUCACGCCAAAGCAUUUGAUUCUUGUUCACCAUGAAACCUGCGGAGACGGCGAAAGAAGCAAGGUGCUGAAGCACCGUGUCAAGUACAUAGCGCCGAAGCCGCCGCUACUGGGACACCCGCUGCGCGUGGAGUGCACGCAGCAGCGCAUCCACCCGUGCUCUCUGCGGCUCGCCUGCGAGAACCCUCACACUACGCUCACCAACGCUGGGUUCUCGCGCAAGCCGAACGGCGGCACGUUUGCUACCUGAGCGGUGGGACGUCGGGCGCAUCGGGACCGACGCGGCCCGGCGAGCACCACAGCGGACCGGACCACCGCUGCCUGGCGACACCCGGACGCGUCGACCGAGGGCGGCGCGGUACAGUAUCACUUCCAUGAUGGCAACCGACAUUUUGACACAAAUAGACGGAUUGACGAAAAAAACAAUAACAGAUGAAGUCGGGUCAGACGCACAUUGCGUAAGGUGGUAAACAGUGUAUCGGUCGGACAAAUCGUGUGUGCACUGGACGGAUAUAACGCGACAGCAUCGCUGUCGAAAAAUUAUUGAGUUUCGUGGUUGAGAAAAUAUACCGAAGCA